AAAAGACUGAAUAAGCUCCCUUUACCAAUAAGAUAAUUUGCAAGGGGUCAAACGUACUUUACCUUUAUUAUACGGGUUCCUCCCUCCUACACCCGUAGCGGUGGCGUAAGCGAAUGUCACGGCGGCGCAUUGCCGGAUUAUAUCCUGUUUAAGAAUUCAAGCGGCUUCAUCGUUUUCUGUAAAGUCUAAAGUGUAUACUUAAUUUGGAAAGAUUUCUGUGCUGGAGCCUUUAUUCUUCUUCUCCAAGAGGAUCAUAGCGUACCAAUAACCGAUGCUAGGUCUUUCGUACGGGGAGCUUUUCCUUAUCAUCGGAGCCACGGCAGCUCUCAUCGGCCCCAAAGAUCUCCCACGCAUAGCACGAGUCGCCGGGCGAUUAGCUGGCCGGUCAAUCGGAUACGUUCAAAUGGCCCGUGGACAGUUCGACAAUGUCAUGCAGCAGUCUCAAGCUAAACAGGUGCACAAGGAACUUCAAGAUACUAUUGCUCAACUUGAAGCCAUACGUCAUGAAAUCCGAACAAUUUCAUUUGUGAAUCCUGGCCCAUUAACCAAGAGGCUAGUGGACAAUGUUGCCCAGAUUCCAGAUACAAAUGAGAAUACCGAUCCUGUAAAACCCAUUGAUAAUGCACUCCCACCUGCUACCCCUAAGGUUUAUAAUUAUAAUGCAACUGCCUCACCAGCCUCACCAUCAUCAGACAUGCACAACCAAGCUACUGCUUAUGCAAGAUUAGCUGAGUCAGCAGCUUUGCGUUCUGAACCUACAAAUACAAAUACAAAUAAUGAAGUUAUGAGUGAGCUUACUGAUGAAUCUGGCCUCACUGUUCUUCCUGUAUCAGCUCAAGACACAGGAUUGUUGCCUAAUCGCACAGCUGAUGCGAAGGGAUCCGACAUCAUGCUAGAGUCUAUUCUGGAGGCCGAGGUAGCAAGAAAUGCAAAGGAUUUUUUCGCUCAACCCCAAAAUGUAGUCAAAAGUUAAUACAAUAAAUAAAAAAAUUUGUUUCAGCCAUUAUUAUGCCAUUUUCUUAUAGGUAAUUGUUUCUUAAAAGUAUUAGCAUAUGGAUCAGCAAAUAUCAUGAACAUGAACAGAAACCCAUUAACAUCUUGCAUUUAUGAUUUAACAUUUUUUUGGAUUGAAUUAGUUAGUGGUUCAAGUCGGGUAGUUUUCUUUAAAUACUCGCCUAAUUGUUGGUAGCUGGCUGUUCAAUAACUGAAUUUUGUUUAGCAAACCAUGCAAUAACUUCCUUUUUUUAUUGUUUCUUCUUUAAACUUUUGAUUUGUUUAACACAAGUAUUUCUAAGCUUUUAUUUUUCUAUUUAUAUUUAACGUGUCUUUUAUAAAUUGAUUGUUAAAUGUAAACUCUUUAGUAGAUGGAUCUUGAAGUUAUGUUUUUCUUUUUGUACGAUCCUCUAAAGCAGAGAUUAUUGUGUAUGGCAAAGAGGUG